AAUGAAACCAUAUAAAGUCACUGAUUAACCUUACUGUUUUUAGAAUUGCAUUGGAUUUGAGACUUAUGCUAAGGAGUGCCAAAAAUUAAAAGGAACAGAUAACAAAGAUGAUUUAAAUACUUCCUCAAACUAUAUUGCAAUUAAUGGACCAUGUAAAAAAUCCGCUUGGGCUAACCAAUGUGAACCUAAAAAGAAUUCAUGUUCUGCAUAGAGUGGAACAAGUCUAUCUAAUUGUGUUAAUACAUUCAUAACAUACGAAAUGGAUAAGGUUUCAUUUAAAAAGCAUCGUACUUGGUAAUGUAUGGGGAUUAAAAAUGUGAAGAUCUAUCUGUAAUUAUCAACACUCAUAAAUAAUGCAAUGAUUUUGAUAAAGGGUGUACUACCACAGUAUUAGAAUGACAGUUUUUUCUGGAUAUAGGACUGAAUCAACUUGUAAGAAUGCCUCAUAUGUCAGGGAUACUAAGACUUAAGAAUUGGGAAGGUGUGGAUGGGAAAAUAAUAAAUUUAGAGAAUUAAUUUAACAAGAUUUGAGUGGAAAGACUGAUGCUGAAUGUGAUGCACAUUUGAGUGGCUGUAAAGCAAAUGGAACAGAAUGUGUUUAAGCAAUAUCUCAAAAGUUGUAAAAAAGUUUUAAAUGCAUCACUUUUUAAAGGUAAAUAGUGUUUAUGGAUGCUUACCAACUGAUAAAUGCUAAUUAUUCUAUAAAUGUUCAGAUGCAGUCUUAAAUGAUUAAAAUGCAUGCUUAGCACAUGAUGGUCGUAUUACUGAUGGAAAAGUAUGUAUAGCUAAGGGUAAAUGUGGUGACAACAAAAUAGAAAUUUGAUUCAAAAAUAAUCUUGGAAGAGAUGGAACUUUUUAGGAAUGGUUCAUCAUGCAAAUUGAAGGUAUGUUCAGAUCUUGUAGGAACUACACAUGAAGGUUGUAAAAUCUCAAGUUACCAGCUCUUGUACUUGCACAACUAAUAUAUUUAAAUGUCCCUCUAGAACUUUACUCAAGUUAUACAGAAGCUGGAUACUACUUAAGAAUAUGAUUUAUUUAUAUUCAGAAUAUAAUAAUUUAAAUAAAUCAUCAUUUAGAAAAAUCUAUAUUGA